AUGAUAUACAAUUCGUUGACUGACGCUCCUCACAACCUCAAGGAGUGCAUUGACUGGUUGAUUGCCCUGAGGGGGACUGAUGGGGAAAGCAACUUCCAGGCUAUGGGUGAGGCGGUUCACAAAUUCCUCGUAGACAAGCCUGUUGGUUUGACGAAGUUGCCGGGCCUCGAUAAAGUAAAAGACAUUUCUAGGGAGUUCAUAGGACAGCGUGUGCUGAGGGCAGAGCCAUUCGUAGAGGACCUUCUAAAGAGGUUCAACGAGCCCAUGAACAAGCAGAAGACCGAGUAUUACUCCAGCAACUUCGGCAAAUUCGACGAGAGUAAUUACACGAACGUAGUGAAGAGCCGGGGUGUCACAGCCGAAGAGAUCGCAGAGAAGUUGGCCAAAGUUACGGCUGAUUGUGAGAAGUUUUUGGACAGAUUGAGGAGGCCUUCCGUGUACUUGCCUUCUUACAGCUCAGAAGCGACAUGGGAGUCAUCGUGCGCAAAAGACCCGGAAGCUUGCGCAAUAGUCCUUGUGGGUGUUGCGCCAAUGUUGUACACGGGUCUGCGCACUUUGAAGGAGGAGAGCAAUGCUGAAGCUUUGAGAUGGAAGCGCCCUAACAAGAAGAAUGUUACUUUGAAGAGUGUGAUUGAAGCCUUGGGUUACAAGGAGCCGGACGUCUGCACCACCAUGAGUGCUACAUAUGUGUUCAAGUCGUUGCAGAGGGUGAGCUUCCGUAUGUUGGCCACGCUCUACGACCUCUCUGGAUUCUGGGCCUUCUACUGA